AUGAUUCCCACACUGCUUUUCCCAGUCGGCAAAUUCUGGCCAACACUUACACAUUCUCUUCCUGGAUCCGCCCAGCUUACUGAUGCCUUACUUAAGACGAUGAACUUCUUCCAAAGCAGUCCCUCCGUAGUCCCCAACAAUGACUUUGUCAACUUGAAGGAUGUCUUCACUAAGGAAGCUUUGGACCUUGUCGAGUUAUCUGAUGAUGAAAGGACCCCCCAUGAUAGAUUCAAAUAUCACAUUAAUGCCAUACUCCCAAGCACACCAACUCUGACUAUCGACAAAACUUUCAUUGCUGACAAUGCUCCCUCCUGGCCCACUCGUUUUGGACCACAAAUUCCGGGCGCCAUCUGCCCCACUGAGAUCUUACCUCAGAAGUCCCGCCCACAUAAACUGAAGCAGCAGAAGAGCCCCGUGGUCACAUACUACAUGCAACAGCAUCGCGCGUUCCCCCAUCCAGCAACACGCCAACAGGACUGGUCAGUACCGUUUCAGCGACAGCCCGGUCCACCCAUGAAGGCUCGUAUUGUGCCUGCGAUUCCAGCUGCUACCACCACCUACCUCGCCGACGCACGUCCUGAUACCUCUAACAUCUUGCGUUCGCCCACCGCGGCUUUACUACUCACUAAAACGCCAAGAACCACGGCCGUUACGAUAGCCCAUCAUAGUCACGGGCCACAAGCCGACGAGAGUAAUACAGCACAUCAAGAAAUGACAGUUUCCACAACGCUAUCAAACAACACCACUUCACGAUACUCAAGACGGAGCACAAAGGACGCUACGACGCUUUUGCAACGUUCGCGACAGCCGACACUAACCGCCCACUGGGAAUGCGAUAAUAGUCCACGACUUUCAAGACUUCAUCAGGAAAACCCUCCCUCGACAAAUUAUGUUAAAUAA